GAAUUCAAAAGGGAACUAAAUCUAACUCUGCUCAGUCGUAGGCCCCACCUUAAGUACAGGUGUGGUGUGCCCCACCUUUUGGACACCACAUAAAGCCAUCAUCACCUCCCUAAUAUAUAUGAGCGGCCCCACCUACCCUUGUAGGUCCUACCUUUCGAAACCUGCACAAUUCUCACAUACGCCAUUCAUUGUAUGUUCUCCUCUCUUCUCCAUUUUCUUUUGUUUUCUCAAGAAACGAAAAAUGGCAGGAGACUAUAGCUCUGCAAUUUCUCUCUCUAGAGACCUUUCUCAUACCUCCGAUGACUCUUCCUCCGAUCACAGCCCCCGGAGCGUGCCUACACUCGCCACACCGUCAUCCUCUUCCAAACCUCGAACCACCACACACAACCUCCACUCGCCGGUGGAGAUUCAAAGAAAGCCAAGAGGCAGGCCUCCCGGUUCCAAAAACAGACCUAAACCACCCAUUAUCAUAACCAAAGACAGUGACGCCGCCAUGAAACCUGCUAUUCUGGAGAUCUCCGCUGGUUCUGAUAUAAUCGAGACUAUAGUCAACUUUGCACGUAGAAACCAUGCCAGUAUUAGUGUAAUCAGUGCAACUGGCUCUGUUUCUGAUGUCACGCUCCGCCAUCCAAUUUCUCACGCGCCAUCUCUUUCUUUUCAUGGACCCUUUAAUUUACUUGCACUAACAGGCUCGUUUGUUGGCACUUUUGCACUACCAACCAAGCCAUGCUCUUCUUCUUUUGGAAUAUCUCUUGCAGGAGCUCAAGGUCAGGUUUUUGGAGGAAUAGUUGCUGGAAAAGUUCUGGCAGCGAGUCAGGUGGUGGUGGUAGCAGCAACUUUCUUGAAUCCUACGUAUCACAGGCUACCAAGUGGUGGCGUUGGUGGUGAAAACGAAGGCGGUGAAGAGACAAAACCUAAUGCUGGUGGUGGCCCUGUAAAUGAGAUAUCUUCAUGUACGGGCAUGUCCAUGUGUGUUUAUGGUAUGACGAAUCCAACUCCAGUAAAUUGCCAGAUGUCACCUGAUGUUAUGCACUGGGCCUCCCCUCCUUCUCGCCCUUCUUCUCAUUACUAGCUAAGAAUCAGUUGGGUUUAGUAUACAGUUACAUGCAGAAACUUGGUUUAGUUAGAGUUGGAGAAGCCUCUGCCUCCUUCCUUCCUUCGACCCUCCCUCUAGUAGUUUCUUUGGCUUUACUUAACAUUGUCUAGUAGUUAUUUUGUGGUUCUAAUGAUAUACAAGAAACUUAUUUUAUCUUUUGAAACCUUCGUAUAUAACCUUUAUUGUUGUG